AUGUUUCAGCUAUACAGCAGCUUACUUGUGGUAUUAGGAGUUGUGGCAGGCGACUUGACCGCUUGGACUAUUAAUGAUUUGUUUGAUUUCCUCUGUUAUCAAGGAGUCGACGGCAGUUUACGAGUACAUGAUACUCUUGGUGCUGCUGUUGACUCUUUUGAACCGGAAAUCGUUGACUCUUUUGAACCGAAAAUUGUUGCAGAACCUAACAGCUUGAUGACACCAGCCUUUGCCUUUGCCAUCUUCGGAUUGGCCUUGUUGGCAGGCUUGGCUUUUGCUGUUUGCUGGAAAUUCGGAAAUUAUGGACGCAAAGUUCAUGAUUUGGAUGAAGAUCUCGAAACUGAUGACUUUAAACCGGACUACAAUCUACAGAUGGACGACCUGGAAGAAGACGACAGCGAGGAUGAACUGGAACAAGAAGACAGCGAGGACGACCUGGAAGAAGACAACAGCGAGGAUGACCUGGAACAAGAAGACAGCGAUGACUACCUGGAAUUCGAAGACAGUGAGGACGACCUGGAAGGAGACAACAGCGAGGAUGACCUGGAACAAGAAGACAGCGAGGACUACCUGGAAUUAGAAGACAGUGAGGACGACCUGGAAAUAGAUAUAGAUGAAGUGUCUAGACUAGAAAAUAGUCUAGAACUUGAAGACCAGGAAUAUAGUGACAAUGACCUGAAAAUGGAUAAGUGCGAAUCGUCUAGACUGGAAGAUCUUUUAGAACAGGAAGAACCGGAAGAAAUGAUAAAAUGUGAAGAUACUGAAGAUGAACUGGAAAGCGAAAUGACCGAAGUAUCUCGGCCAGAGGAGAGCUCAGAACUGGAUGAACUGACAGGUACUGAAGAUGGUCCAGAAACUGUUGAAAACCCGAACAGCUUGAUGACGCCAGCCUUUGCCUUUGCCUUUGCCAUUCCCGUUUUGGCCUUGUUGGCAGGCUUGGCCUUUGCUGUGUGCUGGAAUGACAACAGUCAUGGAAACCAUCUUCAGGAACUGGAAGACCAUCUGGAAAGCGAAAGGGCCGAAGAAUCUAGGCUGGAAGAGACCUUAGAACUGGAUCUAGAAAAGCAGAGAUUGACAGAAGAACUGGAAGAGAGUCGGGUUGCUGCAGAUGAAAUGGAACGUCUAUGGAAGGAGGCGAAGGAGGAGAUUGCUUGGCUCAAGAAUCAAAUGGCAGAAAAGGACCUCUUGCUAAGAAAGAAUGCUGACCAUGAAGCAGUUAUGAAGAGUGAAAUUGCAAAGUUGCAUCAUCAAAAUGAAGAAGUCAUGGCUGAACACCAGCACUUGGAAGAUGACCUAAAACGGGCUGUAUACGAAGGAGAGAGGAUGGAGAAAUUAAAUAACGAUCUUAUGGAGGAAUUAGAGUUUCUGGAGAAGAAAUGCGAGGAGGAAAGGAUAAUAGCAAGUCUCAUCCGAGGAGAACUAGAGCUGAGGGAAGAGGAAAAUAGACUCAAAGCUGAGAUCAUCGAAGCAGAACUACAAGUGAUGAAGAACUGGGUCUCAGAAUUAGGAGGACAGAAUGCGAGAUUGGCUGAAGAGUUAGAAGAAGUGGAAAUGGAAGUGACUUCAGUGAAGAAGGAGCUAGGAAAUGAGAAGAGGAAGACCCAAAUUUUGACUGAAGAAGUCCAGGUCAUGAGGAAGUGGGUCACAGAGUUAGAAGGGGAGAAUUCCAGGCUCCAGGAAGAGGCAGACGAAAACUGCCUGGAAAUAACUUCACUGAAGAAAUCAUUAGUGAAGGAGAAAGAGCAAAACAGCUUUUUACAGGAUGCUCUCCAUUAUAGGAGGGAGAUUGAAAGCUUGUUUGAGGCAGAACAGAAGAGAAGGAAGGAGAUGGAGAAUUCCCUCAGAGUCUUAAAAGAAGAGCUCGACAACAGGGACCUCCAAAUAGAAAGAUUGUUAAAUGAGGAAAGAAAAUUAAUAUCUGAAAAAGAGGACCUAGAAGAGAAGCUAGACAUCGCUCUUAAUCACGGGAAUGAACUGAACAGCUUGCUGGAGGAAGCAGAUGAGAAGGCCAAAAAAAUUGCUAAUGAAUUAGAGGAAGAGGUCCAGAAAAGGGAGACCCAAAUACGCCAUUUGUUAGGCCAAGGAGAAAGACUCAAGGAAGAACUGCAGCAACUUGGAAAAGAAUGUGAAAGGUUGACAGAAAAGUGUAGGAUACAGGAGGAACAUGAGGUGAGGCAAGAACAACGUUUCAGGGAGUGUCUAAGGAGACAGGAAGAGGCUUUGAGGCAACAGGAUAAAUACCUGUUGAUGACACUUCUCCAUGGGACAGCUCAGAGGAAUUUCCACCUGCAACACAUUACACAGGAUGGAAAUGAAGUUGUGGAUGAAACCAGGGAAAUGGAGAAGGAAGAUGAAGGACAAGAAGAGGACCUGUCUGACCUCUUGCAAAUGAGGAAGGAGACCCAGCACAGGAACUACUGUGAAGCCCAACGUGAGAGGACCAACUACGGGCGGCAGUGGGAGGUCCUAACUCAGACUUUGAAGGAUCUCGUGCAUGGAGAUGAGAGAAUGGCAGAAGCGACGAACGGAGGUCCUAGUAAGCACUGUGGAGUUUACAGUGAGCCUCCAGAUCAAAAAGAGGAGAGUUGA